CCCAACUCAUCCCACACGCUCUUGGUGUUCAUUUCGCGUUGACCGUGUCGGACGACCAUCCAUCACUGCAUAACCAAGCGUUCAACCGCCACAUCCUUGUCGCCGGGCCUAAACUCUGGCCGUCGGUGUUUGUAGGAUAUCUAGCUAGCCUUAAUUCCACAGAGGUUUGGUGGAGGGGUGAAUGUAAGGCAGGACUUUCAGUCAAACGGACCAAAAAAAUUACCCAGAGGAUGGCACAGGGAGAUGGAUUUGACCGGAUUUAUUCCGCGACAUAUAGCAAUGUACCUGUGUAUGAGUUUAACGCCAACGGGAACCAUGUGAUGCGGAGACGAUCGGACGAUUGGAUCAAUGCAACGCAUAUUCUUAAAGUGGCAGAUUUCGACAAACCCGCCCGCACGAGAAUUCUUGAGCGAGAGGUGCAGAAGGGUGUACAUGAAAAGGUCCAGGGUGGAUAUGGAAAAUAUCAGGGAACAUGGGUGCCGUUGGAAGAUGGCCGGCUAUUGGCUGAACGCAAUGGCGUUUUGGAAAAGCUACGCCCGAUCUUUGAGUUUGUGCCUGGAGACCGAAGUCCUCCGCAGGCGCCGAAGCAUACCACUGCGGCCUCAAAUAAGCCCAAGGUGCCGAGGAACCUUGGUGUUCCCCGAAGAUUGACGAAUUUGACCCCCAUUCCGCCUCCAAGUCAAGUCAGCGAGGACCACUAUGAUGCUAUGAGCGGUCAAUUACACGACGAGUAUGGCACGCCGGACAAUACAAGUAUCGCUUCCGAGUCAAUUCUAGCAGACGAGGAGCUGGUUCCCAUGUCACAACACUCGACGCUAUCACGAAAGCGCAAACGGCGUGCUCCCGAUGUAGAAGCGUUGUCAAUGAUUGAGCAACAGCAUCUAGUUUAUGCGGACGAGCUCUUGGAUUAUUUUAUGCUUUCAUCCAAUGAACCCGUAUUACAGAUUGCUCCGCCCGUACCGCCUGUGCAGUUUGACAUUGACAGGCCUAUCGACGACCAAGGGCACACUGCUCUACACUGGGCCGCUGCAAUGGGAGAUCUUGCGGUAAUUCGUGACCUUCUUCAGCGGGGCGCCAAAACAGGGGCGCUCUCAAACUGCGGGGAGACUCCGCUUAUGCGAGCUGUCUUAUUCACGAACAAUUUUGAAAAAGAGACAAUGCCCAAGUUAACACAAUUGCUUCUUCACACUGUGGAUAUGCGAGACUUUUUCGGCUCUACAGUCUUUCACCACAUUGCUGCCACAACGAGCACGCGAAGCAAAUUCCUCUGCGCGAGGUAUUACAUGGAAUCAAUAAUCAACAAGCUCGGCGAACGGAUGGCCGACCACGAGGUUGCAGCGAUUCUCAACGCCCAAGACGACGCGGGAGACACGGCUCUCAUCAUCACAGCGAGGCAUGGAGCGCGAAAGUGUGUUCGGUCACUCAUCGGACACAAUGCUCUAGUAGACAUUCGAAACAAAAAGGGUGAAUCGGCAGAUGAUUUGAUCCGGGAGCUUAACUCGCGUCGGAACUACCACUUUUCUCAAGCCUCUUCGUCGCCCUUCCAAAUGAACGACGCACGACCGGCAGGCGAUGACGUUGAAGGCAGCACCCGGAGUGGCAACAAUCUCUUCGACGGCUCCGGUCUUGACAAGGCAAAACGCAAGUCGGACGCCGCGAUAUCCGUCAUGCAGAAACUCGCACCGAUGAUCAAUGACCAAGCAGACAAGCUCGCGUCGGCAUUCGACCUGGAGCUCGCAGAGCGCGAGACGGACCUCAACGAGGCCCACCGGCUGCUCAAGAACAUGCAGCAAGAGAUUGAGCAAGUUCGGAAACAGUCAUUUUUCCUCUCCACGAGCGGCGAAGACGAGGUGGUCGAACAAGCUCGUUUACAAGAAUACAACAAACUCCUUGCCGACAACGAGAGCCUCCUAGAACACCUGCAAGGCGUUGAAUUAGGGCGUCUCAUCCAUGCCCACGAGGAGAACAACACCUCUACAGAUAACAACGGAAUCAAGACAACAUUAGGCAAUGACCAACAAGCGCAAUCGCAUCUGCGCCCAGGAGACGUCAAAUCCGAACCCGGCAUCCUACUCGACCAACAAUCUACAACUUCCACCCUCCAGGAAAAGCUGCGGUAUUGCUCCGCCCUCUACCACGAACAGAACACCCGCCGCGCUCUCGUCCGCGAAGUCGUUCAGAACCAAAGCAUUGCCGGCCUCGGCGAGCGCCAAAAGGACUACAAGCGCCUCAUCGCCAGCGCGCUUGACAUUGCCGAGGAAAAUGUGGAUCAUAUGCUCCCUGAGAUUCUGCAGGAACUGGAAGCAGCGAAUAUGGCAGACGGCAUUGCCGAUUCUCACUCCCUGCCCCAGGCAGUGGAGGGUUAAUAUUCGUGUUCUGUUUUAUUUUAUUUUUCUUCUUCAUUCCCCUUAAGAUGAUUCCGUUCCUUGUUUUUUUCUUCGUUCCCUAUAAGAUGAUUCUGUUCCUUUUUUUUUUCUCCCCCACUC